AUGUAUGUCAAGGAAAAGGACAAACUUAAGCAAAUCAUGUCGAGGAUUCCUAAUAGAGUGUGUCUAACUUCAGAUGUUUGGACAACAAUUAAUAGUGAGGGUUAUAUUUGUUUAACAGCUCACUUUGUUGAUGAUAAUUGGAGAUUAAUUAGUAAGAUUUUGAACUUCUGUCGAAUGAAGCCUCCACAUACUAGGGUUGAAUUGGAGACUACGUUGUUUGAUUGCUUGAAGGAAUGGGGUUUAAAAGUGGCUGCUGAAGCACUGUAUAAAAUUAGAGAAAGUGUUAAGUAUGUGAAAGUAUCAGAUGGGAGGAUGAUUAAAUUUCAAGAUUGCGUGGAACAAGCUGGUAUAGACACAAGCAUUGGAUUGAGAACAGAUGUGUCAACCAGGUGGAGUUCAACAUAUUUGAUGCUAGAAAGUGCGCUUAAGUAUGAAAAAGCAUUUGAGAUUCUCCAAGUGUUAGAUAGGAAUUAUAAACAUUGUUCAUCUUAUCCAACCUCUAACUUGUAUUUUAUGCAAGUUUGGAAGAUUGAGUGCUUAUUGGAUGAAAUAUUGGAAGCAGUUAGAUAUGUGAGAGAAAAGAUUGAUGAGCUUUAUGAAGAAUAUGCAAGCAAUCUCCAAGGAUCAAGUUCUUCUCAUUCUCUUUCAUCCAAUAAAUCCAGUAUCUUGCACAAGUCAAGUGGAGAAGGGAGUAGGUCCAAAAAAUCAAAGUUAUAUAUCAAGGAGUUUGAAAUGUUUGAGAGCGAGAGCAUGUAUGCUGCUGGUAAGACUGAAUUAGAUCUUUAUUUGGAUGAACCAAAAGUUAAAUUUGGUCAAGGUGAAGAUUUUGAUGUGCUUAACUAUUGGAAGCUAAAUGAAAGUAGAUUUCCGACACUUAGUAUUAUGGCACGAGAUGUGCUAAGUAUCCCGAUUGCUACAGUGGCAUCAGAAUCUGCUUUUCGUAUUGGUGGACAUGUUCCUACCAAGUAUAGAAGUUCAACUCUUCCUGAAAAUCUUCAAAUAUUGAUUUGCACUAGGAAUUGGUUGCAUGGCUUUGCUCUCAAUCAUAAUGGCAACGCUUUGCGUUAA